ACAUUGAUUUUAAUUUGUUUUCUUCACAAGUAAUUCGAUGAGUUAAAAUGUAUUACUUUACUUUUAAAUCCAGUUAAUUGCGUCAGUAAUUUUAUUAAAUCGAAGUUCUUCAGUCUGUUUUGAGUCUGACUGAACGUAUUUGGCGCGCUUUGCAUGUAUUUCAUUGGGUCUCUCAAAAUGGAGGAUCAAUCUUCAACUGAAGACAAGAACAACUUGUUGAAAGCUCUUCACAACUGUUUUAGGACGAUGGAAAUCACUGGUCAAAACCCUGAACAUGAGUAUAGCUCCAGAGAUGACCAUCACUGGGUGGAAAAACUGUUCCCUCCUCGUUUCACUUUGCAAAACUUGCUUGAAAACCAGACAAACACAAAUGAACAAUGCAACAGCUCAACAAAAUCACCAUCAUCAACCCAUUCUACAGACAUGGAUGAACCCAAGAGGAGCCAGAGAAGGCAGAUCUACCUGACAGCUCUGAAAGAGGUUCAGCACACUGAGCGACUGCGAAAGAAGGAGGCCCUUGCGAAGAGAAUCAUUAGGCAUGAGCAGCCUAUAGAUGUAAGAGCAAACUCUGAAAAUCCCACUGACCAGGGUGAGAUGUGCAUAUGGAAUGAGAGGGACAUCUGCAAACUACGGACUGGUUUUGCAGAAGUGGAGAGGGACAGAUGGCGGAUAAAGCAACAGCUCAGUUGUACAGAGGAGCAGCUUAAAGCAGAACAUGAGCAAAGGCUGAAGCUGCAGGGCCUAGUGGAGAAGCUGGAGGAACAGUUAAGCCUUUCCAAAAAAAUGACUACACGUCAGGACCUCGUGAUAAAUGAUAUGAAGUCACAGAGCCAAAAAAUGAACGCUCAGUUACAUAAGCUGACUAUACAGGUCAGGGAAAAGGAAGAAGAGGCAGACAGGUGGAGGACAACUCUGAGUAGAGCAAAAGAGGACAUGCAGCAGGUCGUACAGGAGCGCUCCAACCUCAUGUGGGAACUGGAAAGAGCGCAAGCGCAAUGGAAGUCUGAAAGAGACAGGCUGGAAAAAGCAGCUCGAAUAGAAAAUGAGGCUGUGCUCCUGAGGCUUCAGAGGGAGGUGGAGCAGACCCGAGCUGACCUGCACGCAGAGAGAGAGAGUCACGCACGGAGCCGCACGGCCCUCGAGCUCUUACGCAGGCACUUCAGCAGCCAAUAAUUAGUUGCAGCAAUAUAAAUGUAGCCUUUUAAUAAAUAA